AUGGCUAAUUCAUCGAAAAAUAUGGAGCAACAUCACAUCGAAUCGAGUCCAUUGGUCAUUCAAGAUUCUUUCGAAGGAUAUCCAUUGAAUUAUUUUAAUUUGCCAUUACAUUAUCGUGAUGAUUUGAAAUCUGUUCUUAUUCCGUAUGGUCUUGUUCAAGACCGUAUCGAAGCAUUAGCUAGUCGAAUUUUCUCGGAUUUGCAUAUUCAUAUUCCCGAGCAACUAAUCUGUAUGUGUGUACUCAAAGGUGGCUAUCGCUUCUUUUCGGAUUUGGUUUCGAAAAUUCAAAACGAAAAUCGUCUUCGCAAUGAUCGCAGUUUACCGAUGAGUUUAGAAUUCAUCCGUGUGCGAAGCUAUGUCAACGAUCGUUCAACUGAUGCCAUUGAUAUCAUUGAUAUUAUUGACACAGGUGUGACAAUGGUUGCGUUAAAGAAGGAAUUGGAAAAAUAUAAUCCCAAGACGAUCCAUGUUGUUUCAUUAUUUACCAAACGGCGUAAAGAUAAGAAAUGUAUUUUCAAACCGGAUUAUUCAGGUUUCGAGGUACCUGAUCAUUUCAUUGUUGGUUAUGCGUUGGAUUACAACGAAUACUUUCGAGAUUUGGAGCACAUAUGCGUAAUGAAAGAAUCUGGUAUUACGAAAUACAAAGUUCAAGAUGGUGAUAAAGUCGAAUAA